CGAGCGCGCUUGCUGCGAGGCGGAGCACCGCCGCGCGGAACCGGAGCCUCUCCUCGUAGCGAUCGACCGACGGGGCGCGGGGCGCGCGGGUGGCGAGCCCGACGCGCCCGGGCGGCAUGGCGGACCGGCACGCCGCCCACCUGCGCCUGAUCGGCGUCAACGCCGCCUGAUCCUCGGACCUGCACCCGCGUGUCGGGAUCGAAGCCAGUUCGCGUUGAGACCCGCCCGCCGCGCCACCUGCAGCCCGACACCUGCGCCUGACUGACCGCAUCCGAAGAUGACUCGACCUGCGCCUGGGCGCGCGCCCAGGAUCGUCUUCGCCCUCCUGGCGCUGCUUGCCGAGGUUACGUAUUCGGCCGACCUGGCGAUCGAAAUCCCUGGGAACCUCAGCCAGGGCGGGUCCUGGUACCGAUUGGACUACAGUCCUCCUGUCGGAUAUCCGCCUCCAAACACUACCAUUGCUGCCACCGACAUCGGGGACGUAAUCAAGUUCCGGGAUGGACUUCCGGGUACCAAGUACGAGUUCUGGCUGUACUACAGCAACGGCACUCUGCACGAUUGGCUUACAUGGACGGCCUCCAUCUCGACCGCGCCCGAUCCACCGUCCAAUCUUACGGUGUUGGUCGUCAAUGGGAAGACCGCAAAGGUGUUUUGGUCCCCACCGUCACAGGGUAAUUAUUCUGGGUUUCGAUUGCGGGUACAGAGCUUUAACGACGCCGGAAACCCAAGGACAAGCCUGAUACCGCCGGAUGCAGUGCCGUACAACCUGAGGGACCUAACUCCUGGGGCAACGUAUUCGUUGCAACUAUUUACAGUCCUGGACGCCAAAGAGAGCGUCGCCUAUACCAGCCGGAAUUUCACUACGAAGCCCAACACUCCGGGGAAGUUCAUCGUCUGGUUCCGUAACGAGACCACGCUUCUGGUUCUUUGGCAACCGCCAUAUCCAGCAGGGAUCUAUACUUAUUACAAGGUGAGCAUAGAUCCCGCGGAUGCUAUCGAGUCCGUUUUGUACGUCGAGAAAGAAGGAGAGCCUCCAGGACCUGCUCAGGCCGCGUUCAAGGGACUCGUUCCUGGGAGAGCCUACAACAUUUCUGUUCAGACGGUCUCCGAGGACGAGACCUCAGCUCCCACGACAGCUCAAUAUCGGACGGUACCACUUCGGCCAUUGAACGUAACCUUCGACAAGAGGUCGGUAACCUCGACCUCGUUCCGGGUCUUUUGGAACCCGCCCAAUGGCACUUCGGAGUUCGACAAGUACCAGGUGUCGUUGGGGUCCAACAGAAGGCCGGCGCCGGUCACCAGAAAUCGAGAUGACGAGAGUUGGUGGGAGUUUAAAGAUUUGGAACCUGGGAGGACCUAUCAAGUGGUUGUCAAGACGGUAUCAGGAAAAGUCACCAGCUGGCCUGCCAGCGGUGACGUCACACUCAAACCGCUUCCGGUUCGCGACUUGGUCGCCGAGAUCGACGACAAGACGGGAAUGGUGGAGGUCUCCUGGAGUCCUGACAAUAGCAGCAUCCAGGACAGCUACAAGCUUCUGUAUCACGAGGUGGAGACGUCCAUCGGUGACAGCAAUACCCUGACCACGGAAAAGACGAGGAUCACCUUGGAGGCUCUGCUACCAGGCAGGAACUAUUCGAUAAUCGUUCAAGCGAUUAGCAACAAGGCGGAGUCGAACGAGACGGUGCUGUACCAAGUCACCAGGCCUUCCAGUCCCAUAAUAGAAGACCUGAAGUCCAUCGAAAGGGGUCUGAACAUCUCCUGGAAAAGUGACGUCAACUCUCGCCAGGAGAAGUUCGAGGUGACACACACGAGGAAUGACACCGGAGAGAGCGCGACGACCCUCACCACGGAGUCGCACAUCGUGCUCGAGGAUUUAUAUCCUGGUGCAGGCUACGAAGUCAAGGUCUUCGCAAUUAGUCACGGCCUGAGGAGCGAACCUCACGACUACUUCCAGGCAGUUUUGCCUCAUCCUCCCAGAAAUCUCAGCAUCGAGAAAGUGACCAGCAAUGUUGUCAUCGUGCAUUGGGAUGCACCGACGGAUUCCUUGUUCACCGAAUAUGCGAUAAGAUAUCGUACCGAGGAUGAUCCCAGAUGGGUAAAGUUGCCAAAUGUCAGGGAUACGGAAGCGGAAGUUGCGGAUAUGACACCUGGGGAGAGGUACAUCAUUCAGGUGAACACUGUCAGCUAUGGGGUCGAAAGUCUCUACCCGUUACAAGUCAAUCAAACGAUUCGUCCGAAUCCGGUUAUCAAUGUCAAGCCAGUCUCCGACUCGACGAAUGUCACUCUUGAAUGGCCUCGACCCGAAGGCAGGAUCGAGAUGUAUGUCAUCACCUGGUGGUCCGUCGAAGAUCCUGAUGACGUCAGGUCCAAAAACGUCACCGAGAGCAACGUUUCUGGGGCUGGAUACGAAGAUAACGUUCAUUUGGAAAAGGUCCUUAUCAGCGACCUGAUGUCUGGGGUAGAAUAUUCAUUCUCCAUUUAUGUGGUGUCUUACCAUCUCGUUAGCGAUGUCACCAAUCUCACCGCUAGGACUAUGCCGCUGAUCCAAUCCGAGGUCGUCGUCGUGGUGGAUCGGGACCAACCGGAUUCCUUGACGUUGAGGUACACCCCGACACCCAUCCAGUCGUCGCACUUCGAUUUGUACCGAUUUCGGAUAAGUGACGAGAACAAUACCACCAAAGAGAAGUUGUUGGACGACACCGAUACCAAGGUGACGUUCACCGGCCUCACGCCAGGUCGGCUUUACAAUGUCACCGUUUGGACCGUGAGCAGAAAUGUCGCCAGCCAGCCUUUGCUUCGCCAGGACAGACUCUACCCCGAACCUAUCACGGCAAUCCGAGCAGUUAACGUGAACGACACGAAAAUCACCCUCACGUGGGACGUCCCAAGGGGUGAAUACGAUGCUUUCGAGGUCCAGUACAUCAAUCAAGAAGGAAACUACAUCCAGAACAUCACCUCCCAAAAUUCUAUCACUAUUUCGGACCUGAAACCCCACAGAAACUAUACGUUCACCCUGGUCGUUCGAUCUGGGACUGAAUCCUUUUACCUGAGACGAUCGAAUCCAUUAAGCGCGAGUUUUACCACGAGCGAGUCUUACCCAGGAAGAGUGGACAAGUUCCAUCCAAUAGACAUUCAGCCAAGUGACAUCAGCUUCGAAUGGUCGCUGCCAAGCCAGGAGCAAAACGGAGUCAUCAGAAAGUUCAGCAUAACUUAUGGAUUAGAGGGUUCCACCCACACUCAAGUACGGGAUUUCCAUCCCAAUGAGCUCAGAGGUGUCAUUAAGUCUUUGAUCCCGGGAAAGACGUACAUUUUCCGGAUUCAGGCUGAAACGAAGAUAGGCUUUGGACCGGAAGUAGUCUGGAAACAAAAAAUGCCAAUUUUGGCACCGCCUAAACCACCGACGCAAGUUGUGCCAACUGAAGUUUGUCGAAGUAGCACCACCAUACAGAUUCGGUUUCGAAAGAAUUACUUCAGCGAACAAAAUGGCGCUGUCACUUCGUACACGAUUAUCGUUGCUGAGGAUGAUAGCAAGAAUGCAUCCGGUUUGGAAAUGCCCAGCUGGAGAGACGUGCAAGCUUACAGUAUUUGGCCACCUUAUCAGGUCAUGGAGCCGUAUUAUCCGUUUAAGAAUGGCUCCGUGGAAGACUUUACGAUCGGCUCGGAGAAUUGCGAUAACAAAAUCGGUUAUUGCAAUGGACCACUGAAAUCUGGAUCUACUUACAGAGUAAAAGUACGAGCGUUUACAGCACCGGAUAAAUUUACAGACACUAGUUACAGCUUCCCCAUACAAACAGAUAAGGACAAUACUGCCAUCAUUGUCGGAGUCACGGUUCCUCUGGUAUUGCUGUUGUCUUUGUUGGGAAUUGGACUAUUCGUUCGAAGGAGAAGAAGUCAAGGAAGAAAAGCAACGGAAACAAGGACGACUGAUAACGUCUCCUUGCCGGAUAGCGUUAUCGAGACCAGCCGGCCAAUCAGGGUGGAGAAUUUUGCGGAGCAUUAUCGCAUCAUGUCGGCCGAUUCGGAUUUCCGGUUUUCCGAGGAAUUCGAGGAACUCAAACAUGUCGGCAGAGAUCAGCCCUGCACGGCUGCUGAUUUGCCUUGCAAUCGACCAAAGAAUCGAUUCACCAAUAUUUUGCCAUACGACCAUAGUAGAUUUAAAUUACAGCCCGUAGACGACGAAGAAGGGUCCGACUAUAUUAACGCAAACUAUGUGCCCGGUCACAAUUCGCCGAGGGAAUUUAUCGUUACUCAAGGGCCACUUCAUUGUACUCGCGAUGACUUUUGGAGAAUGGUUUGGGAGAGCAAUAGUAGAGCCAUAGUGAUGCUGACGAGGUGCAUCGAAAAAGGAAGAGAAAAGUGCGAUCACUAUUGGCCCGUCGAUACUCUUCCAGUUUAUUACGGUGACAUUUGUGUCACCAUCCUCAACGAGGCUCAUUACCCCGAUUGGAGCAUUACAGAGUUUAUGCUCUGUAGAGGGGACGUGAAGCGCGUUAUCCAGCACUUCCAUUUCACGACGUGGCCGGAUUUUGGCGUGCCAAGCCCGCCGCAAACUUUAGCUAGGUUCGUAAGGGCAUUCCGGGAAAGAGUUCGUCCUGACCAGAGGCCGAUAGUCGUCCAUUGCAGCGCCGGUGUCGGACGAAGUGGCACCUUCAUCACCUUAGACAGGAUAUUGCAGGAGAUCCUCGUCUCGGACUACGUCGACAUUUUCGGCAUCGUCUGCACGAUGAGGAAGGAACGCGUCUGGAUGGUCCAGACCGAGCAACAAUACAUCUGCAUACAUCAAUGUCUUCUGGCUGUCCUGGAGGGCCAGGACACUACGGGGCCGAUUCGCGAGAUUCAUGACAAUCAAGGUUUCGAAGGCAAAAAUCGGAGCUCGGUCAAAAACGCAAAGAGCCCUGCAGAGGCCGAGAAGGAGAGGUGACCUUCGAAAUCCGAGAGCGACAUGGAGGAUGACGAGGGAAUAGCCGAGUCAGGAAUGUGACCGGCCUUCAAUCCUUGAAAACUUGGAAUUUGCGCUCGCCGUUUCCGGUCUCCGGAGAGGAAAACAGGAUGUUCCUGAUACCCUGGGUCCAGGGAGACAGGAAUCCGCAGGAAGCGUUUCCAGGACUCCAAAAGUCCGCUUAAGGCGCAAGGACCUCCACAUUGUGUCCAGACUGCGAAGGAAGGAUUUCGCGGAGUGAACCACCAAAAAAGAAUGAUCCUGGACCUGCCAUCCCAAAUUGGUCCAUGAUCUCUGCAAUCUGCAGAUCGAGGAUGUCAUGAGCUUCAAAAAGGAAGCAUCGACAUUGAUUAUCUUGUACAUAGAGAAGCAUCCGCAUCGGCGAACUUGUACAUAGGGAAUCUCGGAAUGAGAGGACUCGAGAGGAGAAUUUGUGAAGAACGCAUUUGUUGAACACUGAAGUGAACACACGAUGAAGUAUUCAGUCGAUAUCCUUGGUCAUUUCGAUAUCAAUUCCAUGUCAUUUAGAUGGACAGUGGUCGGUACAUAUCAUUCGGAAAAUCAGGAGAAAAUGUCGAUUUGACUGCAUUUAUGCAAAUCCUCGUUUGAAGUUGACGCUGAGAAUGAGACGGUGAAGUUUGUAUGAAGCAAAUGUCGAUUCCUCGGCUCGUGAGUUUGGGAGGUGAUCGAAAAUUGACAUAUCGAAUGGUUGACGAGCUUCUGCCGAAUCGCCUGCAGCUAAAAGACACGGUAGCGGUGUUGGGGAUAGAGUUCCGCGCCAAGUGCACACGAAGAGUGGCUGCAUCCGUCCAACAGUCCGAUGGAAUUAGUAUUCUCGUUUUCUUAAUCAAACUGAUCGAUUGGAUACGCUUUUGUAUCGGAACGUGCGGAGAUCGAAGACAGAGAUUGGAGGGAGCAAGAAUCACUCAUCAUUCUCCUAGCCAUAUCAUUUUUCUUCCCGUCAUCUACGGAGGAGAUAUUUAUCAAUGCUGAAGAAUUAUUGUAAUCGAGGGGUAGAGUUUCUUCCAAUAUGGUAGAUGGUAGAUACGUAAUUUGAAAAAUUGUCGACACUUGGGACAUAUAUUCUUUACUGGAGGCUGUUGAAUAAGAACGUGGAGAAUCUAAAAAAUUAAUAAAUGCUAUUGCCCGUGGAGAUAGUCGGGCGAAAAGAAGUGCAACUAUAACGAAGGGACUAAAAGGUGGAACAGAUUUAGAGAUGUAGCUUCAGAACGACCAAAAACAGAGCUUUCGAUGUCAGGUUAGAGAAUCGAGGAUCAUCGCGUGUGUAUAGGGACUCGACCGAGCUGAGUCUCGCGCCAAGUACACGAGGACACUUCGGUAUCUAGUUUUCCCAAAGUGGCCACAGUGGUUGAUUAAAUACUCUUUUUAGGACCAGGUAUACGUCAGAUCAGUGGGAACAAGAAACUCGCAUCUUCGUAGGAGCCAUAUCAUUGUUUUCUUUCCCUCUUUCGCUGAAGAAGUGCCCAAGGUUUCUCUAUUCUUAUCACGUAAUAUCAUACCAGAUUGUGUCGUUCAUUGCAAAAAGAAUAGUAUUCGAUGAUCUGAAAAUUGUGUAUAGUUUUUGGAUGAGGGAUAGAUAAAGGGGACUGAUGGGAUUCGAAAUUUUGAUAGAAUCUCAGUUUAAGCGUCUUUCGUAUCGCACAUGCUUGCAGCGUAUAUGUCCUUAAGCAUUAACAAUGACAAUGGACAGCGUGAUAACGCUUUUCCAAAAUGGCCAAAGUUUCAAAAUCGACUCUCAGCACUUGUUCCAUCGCCUUUAGAUAAAUCCGAGAACAUUACAUCACAGCUGAUAGUAAAUUUUGGAGCGCUACUAUGAUAAAGCGCCGUCGAUUUACAUCGAUCAGCCUUUUAUAUCGCCAUAUUAAGCGCAAAGGACAUAAAUCAGGAUCUUCCAAAUGUGAAAUCCUUUCCAAGGGCAUAUCACGAUCACUAUGGAUUUUAAUAAUUACGCCAACAUCUUAUACAUACGACUGCAUGAUUUCUUAUAUUUUAUUAAUUAUGACUUUUGCGCUUUGAAUGGCACUAUUGUACAUACAAUGUUAACCGGAAGGUCGCGGAUCUGUUUCCCAUCGAGAUAUUAUUAUUAUUAGGGAUUUUACGUAUCAUUGUUACUGUUAUUAGUUAUUACGUUAUCAUCACCGUCCUCGAGGUUGCGAUUACGUUCGAUAAGCAAUCGGUUGUUUCAAAUUCACCGAGUAUUCGGAGGGGUCCUGAUUUCGUACUUGAAGUGUACACAGGUGAAGUGAUACCGAUUUGUACAUGCGAGCGAAUUGAUACAUGGUAACUUUAGAUUUAAGAGGUCCCAUAAGAUAACUUAAGGUACUUUGCGUUAUUCUGUGAUAAAGACACGAUCGUCGAGCAUCGAGAUCUGAUAUCAAAUCGUAAUCGAGGAAUGUACAGAGCCACAUCCAUUUUUUAUCAAUUUCGUUCCAAUUAGAUCCAGGCUCAAAAUAUUUACAUACAAAACAUCUCACUGGCAUCGUAUAAUAAAGUGACAAUUCUCGUUUUUUAUUUAACAAACUUGAUUAAUGAUUUGAUUUUCGUGCGCUAAGUUCGCGUUGUACUUCAAGUAUUAAUAAUGGAAUUAAUUUUGGUCGCUCCUGUGUAAGGACUUAUUUUUAGAUCUCUAUUUAGGAACGAACGCGAUUAUUUAAUUUGUUUGUAAUAUCGUUUGGGAAUGGUUUUUGCAGAAUUUAUUAAAAAUAUCUUUGCUCUCUUGGGAAAUUACGUGACAUGUCGAAUUUUAAUUUCUUUUAACUCUUUGAGAAGACUUCUCGAUUGCGUCUCACAGCGGAGACGCUGCUUUUUGUACUUAAGAAAUGUACGUACCACGUAGAAAAAUUAACUGGAUCAACGACAGCUUGAUUAAUUGUACGUAAUAGUUAUGCAAUUGUCGAAUUAAAAUGGCAGUUCUGUACUGGUAAAAAGACCGUUAAACGAGAGAGCGGUGGAAAUUAAUAAAGUGAUUCUUCCAAAGAAA